CGGGCGCGCGGGCGUCGCCCGGUUCUGCUUGCUGGCUCUCGCUCUGCAGCUACACUGGCCGCUGGCGGCGUGCGAGCCGGGAUGGACCACAAGCCGGCAGCUCCAUGACCGCUAUCCCUGCGGACUCCGCCACUCCCCGGGUGUGAGUAUCGCCACCCCCCAAGCCUAGGAGCCCAGGCUUUGUUCUCUUGUGGUGAGCCACGGGAGGUCGUGGAGCUAGUGCGCCCACUGUGCAAUCAGAAAGCAGAGGAAGCCAAGAAGGUAGCCCUCCGCUACAGCAUGAACUCAUAAUACCUCAGUGGCGGACUUCAGAAAGCCCUGGGAGAGGAAAGCAUCCACUCAGAGCAGAGCUCAGGGUCAUGGCUGAAGGGCGAGAGCUGAUCCUAGACCUGGAGAAGAACGAGCACCUUUUUGCUCCAGCCUACACAGAAACCUGCUACACUGCAAGUGGCAAUCCUCAAACCAGCACGCUGAAGUCUGAGGAUCACUGCUUCUACCACGGGACUGUGAGGGACGUGGAUGAGUCCAGUGUCACGCUCAGCACCUGCCAGGGAAUUAGAGGACUGAUUAUAGUGAGAAGUAACCUCAGCUACAUCAUCGAGCCCGUCCCCAACAGUGACAGCCAACACCGUAUUUACAGAUCUGAACAUCUCAUGCUGCCCCCGGGGAACUGUGGGUUCGAGCACUCCGGGCCCACCUCGAAGGACUGGGCCCUUCAGUUUACACAUCAGACAAAAAAGCAACCUCGCAGAACAAAACGGGAAGAUUUACACUCCAUGAAGUACGUGGAGCUUUACCUGGUGGCUGAUUAUGCAGAGUUUCAGAAGAAUCGGCAUGACCAGGAUGCCACCAAACGCAAGCUCAUGGAGAUCGCCAACUAUGUUGAUAAGUUUUACCGCUCCCUGAACAUUCGGAUUGCACUUGUCGGCUUGGAGGUGUGGACGCAUGGGGAUAAGUGUGAAGUUUCAGAGAAUCCCUACUCUACCCUCUGGUCCUUUCUUAGUUGGAGACGCAAGCUGCUUGCUCAGAAGAGCCACGACAAUGCUCAGCUAAUCACGGGCAGGUCCUUCCAAGGCACCACCAUUGGCCUGGCUCCCCUCAUGGCCAUGUGCUCCGUGUACCAGUCUGGCGGAGUUAGCAUGGACCACUCCGAGAAUGCCAUCGGUGUAGCCUCCACCGUGGCCCAUGAGAUUGGCCACAACUUUGGCAUGAGCCAUGAUUCUGCACACUGCUGUUCUGCCAGCGCAGCCGAUGGCGGCUGCAUCAUGGCCGCCGCCACCGGGCACCCUUUCCCCAAAGUGUUCAGUUGGUGUAACAGGAAGGAGCUGGACAGGUAUCUGCAGACAGGAGGAGGGAUGUGUCUCUCCAACAUGCCGGAUACUAGGACGCUGUACGGAGGCCGGAGGUGUGGCAAUGGGUACCUGGAAGACGGUGAAGAAUGUGACUGUGGAGACGAAGAGGAAUGUAAGAACCCUUGCUGCAAUGCCUCCAAUUGCACUCUGAAGGAAGGGGCAGAGUGUGCCCAUGGUUCCUGCUGCCACCAGUGCAAGCUGGUGGCUCCUGGAACCCAGUGUCGGGAGCAGGUGCGGCAAUGUGACCUCCCCGAGUUCUGCACCGGCAAGUCUCCCCACUGCCCCACCAACUAUUAUCAGAUGGAUGGCACCCCCUGUGAGGGUGGCCAGGCCUACUGCUACAACGGCAUGUGCCUCACUUACCAGGAACAGUGCCAGCAGCUGUGGGGACCUGGAGCCCGGCCUGCCCUCGAUCUUUGCUUUGAGAGGGUGAAUGCUGCUGGUGACACCUAUGGAAACUGUGGCAAGGGCUUGAAUGGCCAAUACAGGAAGUGCAGCCCCAGGGAUGCCAAGUGUGGGAAGAUUCAAUGCCAGAGCACCCAGGCCCGGCCCCUGGAAUCCAAUGCAGUAUCUAUUGACACCACCAUCACCUUGAACGGGAGGCGGAUCCACUGUCGGGGCACCCACGUCUACCGGGGUCCUGAGGAGGAGGAAGGGGAAGGUGACAUGCUGGAUCCAGGGCUGGUGAUGACUGGGACCAAGUGUGGCCACAACCAUAUUUGCUUCGAGGGGCAGUGCAGGAACACCUCCUUCUUUGAGACGGAAGGCUGUGGGAAAAAGUGCAAUGGCCACGGGGUCUGCAACAACAACAAGAACUGUCAUUGCUUCCCUGGCUGGGCUCCACCUUUCUGUAACACCCCGGGAGAUGGUGGCAGCGUCGACAGUGGUCCUUUGCCCCCUAAGAGCGUGGGUCCCGUGAUCGCUGGGGUGUUUUCAGCUCUCUUCGUGUUGGCAGUUCUGGUGCUACUGUGUCACUGCUACAGACAGAGCCACAAACUGGGCAAGCCCUCGGCUCUCCCUUUCAAGCUGCGGCAUCAGUUCAGUUGUCCCUUCAGGGUAUCUCAGAAUGGUGGAACUGGCCAUGCCAACCCAACUUUCAAGUUGCAGACCCCCCAGGGCAAGCGAAAGGUGACUAACACCCCUGAAUCCCUCCGGAAGCCUUCCCACCCUCCUCCCCGGCCCCCUCCAGACUACCUGCGCGUUGAAUCGCCACCUGCAGCAUUGCCGCCACAUCUGAACAGGGCUGCUGGGAGCUCCCCAGAAGCUGGGGCUCGAAUAGAAAGAAAGGAGUCAGCCAGGAGGCCUCCCCCAAGCCGACCCAUGCCCCCUGCACCUAACUGCCUAGUGUCCCAGGACUUCUCUAGGCCUCGACCACCUCAGAAGGCACUCCCAGCCAAUCCGGUGCCAGGCCAAAGGACCGGUCCCAGGUCAGGAGCCGCCUCCCUGCUUCAGCCCCCUACUUCUGGUCCUCAGCCCCCCAGGCCUCCAGCAGUGCCUGUUCCAAAGCUACCCGAGUACCGAUCACAGAGGGUUGGAGCAAUAACUAGCUCCAAGAUCUAGAAGUGUCGAGAAGUUUCUUGUUCCGAUUGAAGACUCCGGAUGCCAUGGAAGGUCCAGAAGAAAGAAGCCUGCUCACCCAUCCUGAAGCUUUGGCAGCCUUCUGGAACGUCCCUCAUCCCCAGAAUCUCCCUUCUUACCCUAGUGCCUCCUGCUUCCUCUGAGGCCCAGGGGGACUCAUAGCCGAUGGCUCCUAAGUGUUUGUCCUGUGCAAUAUACAGCCCGGGGAGGGAAGGGAAGCACAGGGAGGAGGGUGGGGAAGGUUCUCCCUCAGCCCACUAGCCAAGAGCUACCAGCGAUGCUCAGGGAAGGCUUGAGCUGGGGUCCUCCUAUGCGGAGCUUGGAGAAGGUACCCAUUCUGGUCCUAUGCUGGCAGGAACACACGGGAGCGUCACUGAUUGGCCUCCCUCUGGGAUCCCAGGCUGCUGAGGAAGCUACUGCUGCAUCCCUGCCCCAAGGGGCUUGGUCAAGGUGCCUGUUCCUGGCUAUCUGGCUGCAUGUGAUAAGCCAUGCUCCUCUCCCCUGCCUUUCUUCACAUUCCCACUCCCAUAUUUACACGGGUCACUCUGACUCAGACAGGUACUAUUUGUAAGUAGCGUAGACAGCAGGGGGGUGGGGUGGUCAACCUGUGUCCCCUCUGAGCCGUGAUGCCAAAGGUCACUAAGGACAUUUAGAAUCUCCAUCCAUCUAUCCAUCCACCCAUCCAUCCAUCCAUCCAUCCAUCCAUCCAUCCAUCCCCAGUGUUCCAUGUGUCACCUUCUCCUCCUUUUCUAGCAUCCCUAUCCUAUGGUGCUUUGGUGGUGAAUUAUGGCAGUCCUGACUUGCUGGUGACCUACAAAUCAGGAUCCUGCCAUAUGGGGUCACCACUGGACUUUCUGCACUGGAUCUCAAGAGCGUUGAGCCGAGUGGGCAUGUGUGUGUGUGUGUGUGUGUGUGUGUGUGUGUGUGUGAGAGAGAGAGAG